UUCCCACUGCGGGUGGCUCCGGCGGUGGCAGCGGUGGCGGCGGCGGCGGCAGCAGCGGCGGCACCGCCUCCUCCUCAUACUCCCGGGGUGGCGAGGUUAGAUGAGCGGCCCCAGUAGUGGCGAGGGCGGCGCGGGGGGGAGGAGGAGAAGAAGGAGGAGGAGGAGGUCUCUGUCUUUGUAGUCUCCCUGCUGCGGGAGCGAGAGGCCGCCGCCGGAGCCGUCGUCGUUGGAAAAGGGCUGUGUGUGCGCGCGCGUGUCUGCCUGCCCGUCCCGCGGGGACGAGGCGGCGGCGGCUGCGAGGAUGAUGAUGUGCGCAGCGACUGCCUCUCCCGCCGCCGCCUCCUCGGGGGCCGGCGGGGACGGAUUCUUCCCUGCCGCCACCAUCUCUUCUUCCCCGGCGCCGGGGGCGCUGUUCAUGCCGGUUUCCGAGGGCUCCUUGGCGGCCGCGGGGCUGGGGCUCGGGCUGCCGGCCGCGGACUCCCGGGGUCACUACCAGCUGCUGCUGUCAGGCCGGGCCCUGGCCGACCGCUACCGGAGGAUUUACACAGCUGCGCUCAGUGACAGGGACCAGGGGGGUAGCAGCGCUGGACACCCGGCCUCCAGGAAUAAGAAAAUUUUAAAUAAGAAGAAGUUGAAAAGAAAACAGAAGAGCAAAUCAAAAGUGAAGACAAGAAGCAAGUCUGAAAACUUGGAGAAUACAGUAAUCAUACCAGAUAUCAAACUACAUAGCAAUCCUUCGGCGUUUAAUAUUUAUUGCAAUGUACGCCAUUGCGUUCUGGAAUGGCAGAAAAAGGAAACGUCGUUGGCAGCUGCAUCUAAGAACUCUGUGCAGAGUGGAGAAUCAGAUAGUGAUGAAGAGGAGGAAUCCAAAGAGCCCCCUAUCAAGCUUCCAAAGAUCAUUGAGGUUGGACUCUGUGAAGUUUUUGAAUUGAUCAAGGAGACGCGAUUUUCUCAUCCAUCCCUGUGCCUCAGGAGUCUCCAAGCCCUGCUUAACGUGCUUCAAGGUCAGCAGCCAGAAGGCCUCCAGUCAGAGCCACCCGAGGUCCUAGAGUCUCUCUUCCAGCUCCUUUUGGAAAUCACUGUUCGAAGUACUGGAAUGAAUGACAGCACAGGACAGUCUCUGACAGCACUUUCCUGUGCUUGUCUCUUUAGUCUGGUGGCUUCUUGGGGAGAAACAGGAAGGACACUUCAGGCCAUCUCUGCUAUCCUCACCAACAAUGGCAGCCAUGCUUGCCAGACUAUUCAGGUGCCAAUGAUACUGAAUUCACUACAGAGAAGUGUACAGGCAGUGUUGGUGGGAAAAAUUCAAAUUCAAGACUGGUUUAGCAAUGGCAUUAAGAAAGCAGCUUUAAUGCACAAGUGGCCAUUAAAAGAAAUAUCUGUUGAUGAAGAUGAUCAAUGUCUACUUCAGAAUGAUGGAUUUUUUCUUUAUCUGUUAUGCAAAGACGGAUUAUACAAAAUAGGCUCUGGAUACAGUGGAACAGUUAGGGGCCAUAUAUAUAAUUCUACAUCUCGCAUCAGAAACAGAAAAGAAAAAAAGUCUUGGUUAGGGUAUGCUCAGGGUUAUUUAUUGUAUAGAGAUAUGAAUAACCACAGCAUGACAGCCAUAAGAAUAAGCCCUGAAACACUGGAACAGGAUGGUACUGUAAUGUUACCAGAUUGCCACACUGAAGGUCAAAAUAUUUUAUUCACUGAUGGAGAAUAUAUUAAUCAGAUAGCUGCUUCCAGAGAUGAUGGCUUUGUUGUCAGAAUAUUUGCCACAAGCACUGAGCCUGUACUACAACAAGAAUUACAACUUAAGCUGGCCAGAAAAUGCUUGCAUGCCUGUGGUAUCUCACUAUUCGAUCUGGAAAAGGACUUGCAUAUUAUAAGUACUGGAUUUGAUGAGGAGUCAGCAAUUCUUGGUGCAGGACGAGAGUUUGCACUAAUGAAAACAGCAAAUGGAAAGAUAUAUUACACUGGCAAAUACCAGAGUCUCGGAAUCAAACAAGGGGGUCCUUCAGCAGGAAAAUGGGUUGAGCUACCAAUUACGAAAUCCCCAAAGAUUGUGCACUUCUCAGUUGGACAUGAUGGCUCUCAUGCCCUGUUAGUUGCAGAAGAUGGAAGCAUAUUCUUUACAGGAUCUGCUAGUAAAGGAGAAGAUGGAGAGUCAACUAAGAGCAGACGGCAAUCAAAACCUUAUAAACCUAAAAAGAUAAUUAAGAUGGAAGGAAAGAUUGUGGUGUAUACAGCCUGCAAUAAUGGAAGUAGUUCUGUUAUUUCUAAAGAUGGAGAGCUAUACAUGUUUGGAAAAGAUGCCAUUUACUCUGAUAGUUCAAGUUUGGUAACAGAUUUGAAGGGCCAUUUUGUAACUCAGGUAGCUAUGGGCAAAGCUCAUACUUGUGUUUUAAUGAAGAAUGGAGAAGUUUGGACAUUUGGUGUGAAUAAUAAAGGACAAUGUGGACGAGACACUGGUGCCAUGAACCAAGGUGGGAAAGGGUUUGGAGUUGAAAAUAUGGCAACAGCAAUGGAUGAGGACCUGGAAGAAGAGCUAGAUGAUAAAGACGAGAAGUCCAUGAUGUGUCCUCCAGGCAUGCACAAGUGGAAGCUGGAGCAGUGCAUGGUGUGCACCGUAUGUGGAGACUGUACCGGUUACGGAGCCAGCUGUGUCAGCAGUGGGCGUCCGGACAGAGUCCCUGGAGGGAUCUGUGGUUGUGGUUCUGGAGAAUCUGGCUGUGCUGUAUGUGGAUGUUGCAAGGCUUGUGCAAGAGAAUUGGAUGGUCAAGAGGCAAGACAAAGAGGGAUUCUUGAUGCAGUGAAGGAGAUGAUACCUUUAGACCUUCUGUUAGCUGUCCCAGUACCCGGGGUUAACAUUGAAGAACACCUCCAGUUACGACAAGAAGAAAAACGGCAACGUGUAAUCAGGAGACACAGAUUAGAUGAAGGAAGAGGCCCCCUUGUAUUUGCUGGUCCUAUUUUUAUGAACCAUCGAGAACAGGCUCUAGCCAGACUCAGAUCCCAUCCAGCACAGCUAAAGCAUAAACGGGACAAGCACAAAGAUGGAAGUGGAGAACGAGGGGAAAAGGAUGCAAGCAAAAUCACAACAUAUCCUCCAGGCUCUGUGCGAUUUGACUGUGAGCUCCGGGCAGUACAAGUCAGCUGUGGAUUUCACCAUUCAGUGGUUUUAAUGGAGAACGGCGACGUCUACACAUUUGGGUACGGGCAGCACGGGCAGCUCGGACACGGGGAUGUCAAUUCCAGGGGAUGUCCCACUCUUGUUCAAGCAUUGCCAGGCCCUAGCACACAAGUUACUGCAGGCAGCAACCACACGGCAGUACUUUUAAUGGAUGGACAGGUCUUCACAUUUGGAAGUUUUUCUAAAGGACAACUGGGUAGACCAAUUUUGGAUGUGCCGUACUGGAAUGCAAAACCAGCUCCCAUGCCUAACAUUGGAUCAAAAUAUGGAAGAAAAGCUACCUGGAUAGGUGCAAGUGGGGACCAGACUUUCUUACGAAUUGAUGAAGCACUUAUUAAUUCUCAUGUGCUCGCUACAUCAGAAAUUUUUGCCAGUAAACACAUCAUAGGCUUGGUACCUGCUUCUAUAUCAGAACCUCCUCCAUUUAAGUGUCUUCUGAUAAAUAAAGUGGAUGGGAGUUGUAAAACGUUUAAUGACUCUGAACAAGAGGAUCUGCAAGGAUUUGGUGUGUGUCUUGAUCCUGUGUAUGAUGUCAUUUGGAGGUUUCGACCAAACACUAGAGAGCUGUGGUGUUACAAUGCAGUGGUUGCUGAUGCCCGACUUCCCUCUGCAGCAGACAUGCAGUCCCGAUGUAGUAUUCUAAGUCCUGAGCUUGCCUUACCGACGGGGUCAAGGGCUCUCACCACCCGGUCUCAUGCAGCUUUGCACAUUCUAGGUUGUCUUGAUACCUUGGCAACUAUGCAGGAUUUAAAGAUGGGUGUUGCGAGUACCGAGGAGGAGACUCAAGCAGUAAUGAAGGUUUAUUCCAAAGAAGAUUAUAGUGUAGUAAACAGGUUUGAAAGUCAUGGAGGGGGCUGGGGUUACUCUGCUCACUCGGUAGAAGCUAUACGUUUUAGUGCUGACACAGACAUUUUACUUGGUGGUCUCGGUCUGUUUGGAGGUAGAGGAGAAUAUACCGCUAAAAUUAAGCUGUUUGAGUUAGGUCCUGAUGGAGGAGAUCAUGAAACUGAUGGAGACCUUCUUGCAGAGACUGAUGUGUUGGCUUAUGACUGUGCUGCUAGAGAAAAAUAUGCAAUGAUGUUUGAUGAACCAGUCCUCCUGCAAGCUGGCUGGUGGUAUGUAGCCUGGGCUCGAGUGUCAGGACCCAGCAGUGACUGUGGAUCUCAUGGACAAGCUUCUAUUACCACAGAUGAUGGGGUUGUUUUCCAAUUUAAGAGUUCAAAGAAAUCAAAUAAUGGUACAGAUGUUAACGCUGGUCAGAUACCUCAAUUAUUAUACAGACUUCCAACCAGUGAUGGCAGCGCUACAAAAGGCAAACAGCAAACCAGUGAACCUGUACAUAUUUUAAAGAGAUCUUUUGCAAGAACUGUCUCAGUGGAAUGUUUUGAGUCAUUGUUGAGUAUUCUUCACUGGAGCUGGACCACCUUAGUCUUAGGAGUUGAAGAACUAAGAGGAUUAAAAGGAUUCCAGUUUACAGCUACACUUCUAGAUUUAGAAAGACUACGCUUUGUGGGUACCUGUUGUCUGAGGUUAUUGCGUGUCUAUACCUGUGAAAUUUACCCGGUGUCAGCUGCAGGAAAAGCUGUGGUAGAAGAAACUAGCAAAUUAGCAGAAUGUAUUGGAAAAACCAGAACUUUGCUAAGAAAAAUUUUGUCAGAAGGAGUUGAUCACUGCAUGGUGAAGUUGGAUAAUGAUCCCCAAGGAUAUCUCAGUCAACCCUUGAGUCUCCUAGAAGCUGUCCUUCAGGAGUGUCAUAAUACCUUUACUGCCUGUUUUCAUUCUUUCUACCCGACUCCUGCCUUACAGUGGGCUUGCCUUUGUGAUCUACUGAAUUGUUUGGAUCAGGAUAUUCAAGAGGCAAACUUCAAGACAUCAAGUAGCCGGCUCCUUGCAGCUGUGAUGUCAGCUCUGUGUCACACUUCUGUUAAGCUGACUUCUAUCUUCCCUAUUGCAUACGAUGGAGAAGUACUGCUACGAUCAAUCGUUAAACAAGUUAGCACAGAGAAUGACUCAACACUGGUUCACCGUUUUCCCCUUCUGGUAGCACACAUGGAAAAACUCAGCCAGAAUGAAGAGAAUAUCUCAGGGAUGACAAGCUUCCGUGAAGUUCUGGAGAAAAUGCUGGUCAUUGUCGUGCUCCCAGUCAGGAACAGCCUGAGGAGAGAAAACGAGCUCUUCUCCUCCCACCUGGUCUCCAACACUUGUGGAUUACUGGCCAGUAUUGUCAGCGAACUGACAGCAUCAGCCCUGGGAUCUGAAGUUGAUGGGCUUAAUUCUCUCCACUCCGUUAAAGCCAGUGCUAACCGAUUCACAAAGACAAGUCAGGGGAGAAGUUGGAACACUGGGAAUGGGUCCCCAGAUGCAAUCUGUUUUUCAGUAGACAAACCUGGAAUAGUUGUGGUUGGUUUUUCUGUCUAUGGAGGAGGUGGAAUUCAUGAAUAUGAAUUAGAGGUGUUGGUUGAUGAUAGUGAACAUGCAGGGGAUUCAACUCAUUCUCACAGAUGGACAUCUCUAGAAUUAGUCAAAGGAACUUAUACAACAGAUGAUUCACCCAGUGAUAUAGCUGAAAUCAGACUUGACAAAGUUGUUCCUUUAAAGGAAAAUGUUAAAUAUGCUGUGCGCUUGAGAAACUAUGGAAGCCGCACAGCAAACGGAGAUGGAGGAAUGACCACGGUUCAGUGUCCUGAUGGCGUGACAUUUACAUUCAGCACGUGCAGCUUGAGUAGUAACGGCACAAAUCAAACCAGAGGACAGAUUCCACAGAUCCUCUACUACAGGAGUGAAUUCGAUGGAGAUUUACAAUCUCAACUUCUGAGUAAAGCCAAUGAAGAAGAUAAAAACUGUAGCAGAGCUCUCUCUGUGGUAAGCACUGUUGUUCGAGCUGCAAAAGACCUCUUGCACAGAGCUCUUGCCGUGGAUGCUGAUGACAUUCCAGAACUGCUUAGCUCUUCCAGUCUGUUUUCCAUGCUGCUUCCCCUUAUUAUAGCCUACAUAGGACCAGUAGCUGCUGCUAUUCCCAAGGUGGCUGUAGAAGUCUUUGGCCUUGUCCAACAGUUGCUUCCUUCAGUUGCCAUUCUGAAUCAGAAGUAUGCACCCCCUGCAUUCAAUCCUAAUCAGUCAACAGAUAGCACCACAGGAAACCAGCCUGAACAAGGCCUCUCUGCCUGUACAACCUCUAAUCACUAUGCUGUCAUAGAGAGCGAGCACCCCUAUAAGCCUGCAUGUGUGAUGCACUACAAGGUGACAUUCCCGGAGUGCGUACGGUGGAUGACAAUCGAGUUUGACCCUCAGUGGUGGUACUACCAGUCAGAAAGUGUCCUCCGCUUGUUGAUUCCUGUCAGAACUGUUCAGAAUUCAGGAUAUGGACAAUUGACAUCUGUCCAUGAAAAUCUUAAUUCCUGGAUAGUUAAGAAAUUUUCAGGAUCCUCUGGGUGGCCCUACAUGGUUUUAGUGUUGCCAGGAAAUGAGGCCCUUUUUUCACUGGAGACUGCAUCAGAUUAUGUGAAAGAUGACAAAGCUUCUUUCUAUGGUUUCAAAUGUUUUGCAAUUGGAUAUGAGUUUAGCCCUGGACCUGAUGAGGGAGUCAUCCAGUUGGAAAAAGAACUAGCCAAUCUUGGCGGGGUUUGUGCAGCAGCUUUGAUGAAAAAGGAUCUAGCACUUCCUAUUGGUAAUGAAUUAGAGGAAGACCUUGAAAUUCUUGAAGAGGCUGCAUUACAGGUGUGCAAAACCCAUUCUGGUAUUCUUGGAAAGGGUUUAGCGCUUUCUCAUUCACCAACUAUAUUGGAGGCACUAGAAGGAAACUUACCACUUCAAAUCCAAAGCAAUGAACAGUCCUUUCUGGAUGAUUUUAUUGCUUGUGUUCCAGGAUCAAGUGGUGGAAGGCUUGCAAGGUGGCUUCAGCCAGACUCUUAUGCUGAUCCUCAGAAAACAUCCUUGAUUCUGAAUAAGGAUGAUAUUCGUUGUGGUUGGCCUACCACCAUCACUGUUCAAACAAAAGACCAGUAUGGGGAUGUGGUACACGUUCCCAAUAUGAAGGUGGAAGUGAAAGCCGUUCCUGUUUCUCAGAAAAAAACAUCUUUACAACAAGAGCAGGUAAAGAAACCUCAAAGGAUUCCUGGCAGUCCUGCAGUAACAACUGCACCUUCUAAUACUGACAUGACUUUUGGUGGGCUGGCAUCACCAAAGCUGGAUGUUUCAUAUGAACCAAUGAUUGUGAAGGAGGCUCGAUAUAUUGCCAUAACAAUGAUGAAGGUUUAUGAAAAUUACUCAUUUGAAGAACUGCGUUUUGCAUCACCGACUCCUAAGAGACCCAGUGAGAAUAUGCUGAUUCGUGUCAAUAACGAUGGCACUUACUGUGCAAAUUGGACUCCGGGGGCUAUUGGACUCUACACCAUUCAUGUUACAAUCGAUGGCAUUGAAAUAGAUGCUGGCCUAGAAGUAAAAGUAAAAGACCCACCAAAAGGGAUGAUACCGCCAGGAACUCAGCUGGUCAAACCAAAGACUGAGCCUCAACCAAAUAAGGUUCGAAGAUUUGUGGCCAAGGACAGUGCAGGGCUCCGUAUCCGAAGCCACCCUUCCCUUCAGAGUGAGCAGAUAGGCAUAGUGAAGGUCAAUGGAACCAUCACUUUCAUCGAUGAGAUCCACAAUGAUGAUGGUGUGUGGCUGAGGCUGAACGAUGAGACGAUAAAGAAGUAUGUUCCUAACAUGAAUGGUUACACUGAAGCCUGGUGCCUCUCUUUUAAUCAGCAUCUUGGGAAGAGUCUUCUGGUCCCUGUUGACGAACCUAAAACUAAUACUGAUGACUUUUUCAAAGACAUAAACUCCUGCUGCCCACAGGAAGCAACAAUGCAAGAGCAGGAUAUGCCGUUCUUGCGAGGAGGGCCAGGCAUGUACAAGGUAGUGAAGACGGGACCUUCCGGUCACAACAUCAGAAGCUGCCCUAACCUUAGAGGUAUCCCAAUUGGAAUGUUAGUUCUGGGAAACAAAGUCAAAGCAGUGGGAGAGGUAACCAAUUCUGAAGGUACAUGGGUGCAGCUGGAUAAGAACAGCAUGGUAGAGUUCUGUGAGAGUGAUGAAGGAGAGGCAUGGUCCUUAGCUAGAGACAGAGGCGGAAACCAGUACCUCCGACAUGAAGAUGAACAAGUUCUUCUGGAUCAAAAUUCUCAAACUCCUCCUCCAAGCCCUUUCUCAGUACAAGCUUUUAAUAAAGGGGCAAGUUGCAGUGCCCAAGGAUUUGAUUAUGGACUCGGAAAUAAUAAAGGUGACCGAGGAACUAUCUCAACAUCUUCUAGACCAGUCUGUACAUCAGGAAAAUCAGAACUGCCCUCCAAACACAGCAGAACACUUAAACCCGAUGGACGUAUGAGCCGGACUACUGCUGACCAGAAGAAGCAGAGGGGUACAGAAGGACUAUCGGCUAGUGAAUCUCUCAUGUUGAAAUCCGAUGCUGCAAAGCUGAGGUCAGAUUCUCACAGUAGGUCAUUAUCCCCCAACCAUAACACCUUGCAGACACUGAAAUCUGAUGGGAAGAUGUCUUCUAGCUUCAGAGCUGAAUCCCCAGGACCAGGUUCUCGGUCGUCAUCUCCUAAGCCAAAGACUCUCCCAGCCAGUAGGUCUAGCCCAUCCGGUGCUAGCUCUGCACGCUCUUCCUCACCGCACGAUAAAAGUCUACCUCAGAAGAGCACUGCUCCUGUUAAGACGAAACUUGAUCCUCCUCGGGAACGUUCCAAAUCAGACUCUUACACCCUUGAUCCAGAUACCCUCCGCAAGAAGAAAAUGCCCCUCACAGAACCAUUAAGGGGACGAUCAACAUCACCGAAACCAAAAGCAGUACCAAAGGAUUCUAAAGACUCCCCUGGAUCCGAAAAUAGAGCUCCUUCUCCCCACGUGGUACAAGAAAACCUCCACAGUGAGGUGGUUGAAGUCUGCACUUCAAGUACUUUAAAAACGAAUAGCCUAACAGACAGCACCUGUGACGAAAGCAGUGAAUUUAAGGGUGUGGAUGAAGGUCCAAAUAAAGUUCAUUUCAGCAUAGGAAAAGCACCACUGAAAGAUGAACAGGAAACGAGAGCAUCCCCCAAGACAAGUCGGAAAUGUGCUAAUAGGCACACCAGGCCCAAGAAGGAAAAAUCUAGCUUUCUCUUCAAAGGAGAUGGAUCCAAACCUUUAGAGCCAGCCAAGCAAGCCAUGUCCCCUUCCGUGGCUGAGUGUGCCAGAGCCGUCUUUGCCUCUUUCCUGUGGCACGAAGGCAUAGUACACGAUGCGAUGGCUUGUUCCUCUUUCUUAAAAUUUAAUCCUGAACUUUCCAAAGAACAUGCUCCUAUAAGAAGUAGUUUAGGCAGCCAGCAGCCUACAGAAGAAAAGGAAACCAAAUUAAAAAAUAGACACUCAUUGGAAAUAUCAUCUGCACUGAAUAUGUUUAAUAUUGCACCUCAUGGACCAGAUAUAUCUAAAAUGGGUAGUAUCAACAAAAAUAAGGUAUUGUCUAUGCUUAAGGAACCUCCUCUGCAUGAAAAAUGUGAAGACGGGAAAACUGAGGCCACUUUUGAAAUGUCCAUGCAUCACCCAAUGAAGUCUAAGUCUCCUCUUCCCCUGACUCUGCAACAUUUAGUGGCUUUUUGGGAAGACAUCUCUUUGGCUACUAUCAAAGCAGCUUCCCAGAAUAUGAUUUUUCCAAGUCCUGGUUCUUGUGCAGUCCUUAAAAAGAAGGAGUGUGAGAAAGAGAAUAAAAAGGCCAAAAAAGAAAAAAAGAAAAAAGAAAAGACAGAAGUUCGGCCCAGAGGUAAUUUGUUUGGUGAAAUGGCCCAGCUGGCGGUAGGAGGACCAGAGAAAGAUACCAUCUGUGAGCUCUGUGGAGAGUCACAUCCAUACCCAGUGACCUACCACAUGAGACAGGCUCACCCAGGUUGUGGCCGGUAUGCUGGUGGACAAGGUUACAAUAGCAUUGGGCAUUUUUGUGGAGGAUGGGCUGGUAACUGUGGUGAUGGUGGCAUAGGGGGAAGCACGUGGUACCUGGUGUGUGAUCGCUGUAGAGAAAAAUACCUCCGUGAAAAACAGGCUGCUGCAAGGGAGAAGGUCAAACAAUCCAGGAGGAAGCCAAUGCAAGUCAAGACUCCUCGGGCCUUGCCCACUAUGGAAGCUCACCAAGUGAUUAAAGCAAACGCCCUCUUCCUGCUUUCCCUGAGCAGCGCGGCCGAACCAAGCAUUCUGUGUUACCAUCCUACAAAGCCAUUCCAGUCUCAACUUCCCAGCGUGAAAGAGGGCAUUUCUGAGGAUCUUCCGGUUAAAAUGCCUUGUCUCUACCUGCAGACAUUAGCUAGGCAUCAUCAUGAAAAUUUUGUGGGUUAUCAAGAUGACAACCUAUUCCAGGAUGAGAUGAGAUACCUGCGUUCAACAUCUGUACCUGCCCCGUACAUAUCAGUAACUCCUGAUGCGAGUCCCAAUGUAUUUGAAGAGCCAGAGAGCAACAUGAAGUCCAUGCCACCCAGUUUGGAAACCAGUCCCAUAACUGAUACUGAUCUUGCCAAGAGAACUGUCUUCCAAAGAUCAUACUCAGUUGUUGCUUCUGAAUAUGAUAAACAACACUCCAUUUUACCUGCACGAGUUAAAGCCAUUCCUAGAAGAAGAGUUAACAGUGGAGACACUGAAGUCGGUUCUUCCCUCUUGAGACAUCCAUCUCCUGAGCUUUCCCGGCUAAUCUCAGCCCACAGCUCUCUUUCCAAAGGAGAACGAAAUUUCCAGUGGCCAGUUUUAGCCUUUGUUAUACAGCAUCAUGAUCUGGAAGGUCUUGAAAUAGCAAUGAAACAGGCCUUAAGGAAAUCUGCUUGUCGAGUUUUUGCUAUGGAGGCUUUCAACUGGCUUCUGUGUAAUGUCAUCCAAACAACUUCUCUCCAUGAUAUUCUGUGGCAUUUUGUGGCAUCACUGACUCCUGCUCCAGUGGAACCAGAAGAAGAAGAGGAUGAGGAAAAUAAAACAAACAAAGAAAAUGCAGAACAAGAGAAAGAUACAAGAGUAUGUGAACAUCCACUCUCGGAUAUAGUGAUUGCAGGGGAAGCUGCUCAUCCUUUACCACAUACAUUUCACCGCUUACUUCAAACCAUCUCUGAUCUUAUGAUGUCUCUCCCCAGUGGCAGUUCGUUACAGCAAAUGGCCCUGAGAUGCUGGAGUCUGAAAUUCAAGCAAUCUGAUCACCAGUUCCUCCAUCAGAGCAACGUCUUUCACCACAUUAACAAUAUUUUGUCAAAAUCAGAUGAUGGAGACAGUGAGGAGAGUUUCAGCAUCAGCAUACAGUCUGGCUUUGAAGCUAUGAGUCAGGAAUUAUGCAUUGUAAUGUGCUUAAAGGACUUAACCAGCAUUGUUGACAUAAAAACUUCUAGCCGACCUGCCAUGAUUGGCAGUUUGACAGAUGGUUCCACAGAAACCUUCUGGGAAUCAGGAGAUGAGGAUAAAAACAAAACUAAGAACGUCACCAUCAACUGUGUGAAAGGAAUCAAUGCCCGCUAUGUAUCUGUUCAUGUGGACAAUUCCCGAGAUCUUGGGAAUAAAGUUACCUCAAUGACCUUCUUAACUGGCAAAGCAGUAGAAGAUUUGUGCAGAAUAAAGCAGGUUGAUCUGGAUUCCAGGCACAUUGGUUGGGUAACAAGUGAACUUCCAGGAGGGGAUAAUCACAUCAUCAAAAUUGAAUUAAAGGGCCCAGAAAAUACACUGAGAGUUCGACAAGUUAAGGUUCUGGGCUGGAAGGAUGGCGAAAGCACAAAAAUUGCUGGCCAGAUUUCAGCCAGUGUGGCCCAGCAAAGGAACUGUGAAGCUGAGACUCUACGAGUGUUCAGACUUAUUACAUCACAGGUAUUUGGAAAGCUCAUCUCUGGAGAUGCUGAACCCACACCAGAACAAGAGGAAAAAGCACUAUUGUCAUCACCUGAAGGAGAAGAAAAAGUAUACAAUGCAACUUCAGAUGCUGACCUGAAAGAACAUAUGGUUGGAAUCAUAUUCAGCAGGAGUAAACUGACUAACCUACAAAAACAGGUGUGUGCUCACAUCGUCCAGGCUAUUCGCAUGGAAGCCACCAGAGUUCGUGAAGAAUGGGAACACGCCAUAUCAAGCAAAGAAAACGCCAAUUCGCAGCCCAGCGAUGAAGAUGCCUCCUCCGACGCCUACUGCUUUGAGCUGCUCUCCAUGGUGUUAGCCUUGAGCGGCUCCAACGUGGGCCGGCAGUAUCUGGCCCAGCAGCUGACUCUGCUCCAGGACCUCUUUUCACUGCUCCACACCGCCUCUCCACGCGUCCAGAGACAGGUGACCUCCUUACUAAGACGAGUUUUGCCUGAAGUCACCCCUAAUCGUCUGGCCAGCAUCAUAGGAGUGAAAUCCCUCCCCCCAGCAGAUAUCAGUGAUAUUAUUCAUUCAACAGAGAAAGGAGAUUGGAAUAAGCUAGGUAUCUUGGACAUGUUUCUAGGAUGCAUUGCCAAAGCACUCACAGUACAGCUAAAAGCCAAAGGAACCACCAUCACAGGAACAGCUGGUACCUCCGUGGGCAAAGGAGUUACAACAGUUACCCUUCCAAUGAUUUUCAAUUCCAGUUAUAUCCGACGAGGUGAGAGUCAUUGGUGGAUGAAGGGCUCAACUCCUACCCAGAUCUCAGAGAUCAUCAUUAAACUUGUUAAGGAUAUGGCGGCAGGUCAUUUGUCAGAAGCGUGGUCCCGAGUGACAAAAAAUGCCAUUGCAGAAACCAUCAUUGCCUUGACCAAGAUGGAGGAAGAAUUUAGAUCUCCAGUGAGAUGUAUUGCAACAACUAGGCUCUGGCUCGCUCUGGCGUCGCUGUGCGUUCUCGACCAGGACCACGUGGAUCGCCUCUCCUCAGGGAGAUGGAUGGGAAAGGAUGGGCAACAGAAACAAAUGCCUAUGUGUGAUAACCAUGAUGAUGGUGAAACUGCAGCAAUCAUUUUGUGCAACGUAUGUGGAAACUUAUGUACUGACUGUGACAGAUUCCUUCAUCUUCAUCGGCGAACCAAAACUCAUCAAAGACAGGUCUUCAAAGAAGAAGAAGAAGCUAUAAAGGUUGACCUUCAUGAAGGUUGUGGUAGAACCAAAUUGUUCUGGUUGAUGGCACUAGCAGAUUCUAAAACCAUGAAGGCAAUGGUGGAAUUCCGAGAACACACAGGUAAACCCACCACAAGUAGCUCGGAAGCAUGCCGUUUCUGUGGUUCCAGGAGUGGAACAGAGUUGUCUGCUGUUGGCAGUGUUUGUUCUGAUGCAGAUUGCCAGGAAUAUGCUAAGAUAGCCUGUAGCAAGACGCAUGCUUGUGGCCAUCCAUGCGGAGGUGUUAAAAACGAAGAGCGCUGUCUGCCCUGUCUACACGGCUGUGAUAAAAGUGCCGCGACCCUGAAGCAGGACGCUGACGACAUGUGCAUGAUCUGUUUCACAGAAGCGCUCUCCGCAGCACCGGCCAUUCAGCUGGAUUGUAGUCACAUAUUCCACUUACAGUGCUGUCGACGAGUUUUGGAAAACAGAUGGCUUGGUCCAAGGAUAACAUUUGGAUUUAUAUCUUGUCCCAUUUGCAAGAACAAAAUAAAUCAUAUCGUGUUAAAAGACCUGCUUGAUCCUAUAAAAGAGCUCUAUGAGGAUGUCAGAAGAAAAGCCCUAAUGAGACUGGAAUAUGAAGGUCUGCAUAAGAGCGAAGCUAUCACAACCCCUGGUGUGAGAUUUUAUAAUGACCCGGCUGGCUAUGCCAUGAAUAGAUAUGCAUAUUAUGUCUGCUACAAAUGCAGAAAGGCAUAUUUCGGUGGCGAAGCUCGCUGCGAUGCUGAGGCUGGACAGGGAGAUGAUUAUGAUCCCAGAGAGCUCAUUUGCGGUGCCUGUUCUGAUGUGUCCAGGGCUCAGAUGUGUCCGAAACAUGGCACAGACUUUUUGGAAUAUAAAUGUCGCUACUGCUGUUCAGUGGCAGUCUUUUUCUGUUUUGGAACAACGCAUUUUUGUAAUGCUUGUCAUGAUGAUUUUCAGAGAAUGACUAGCAUUCCUAAGGAAGAACUACCACACUGUCCUGCAGGUCCCAAAGGCAAACAGUUAGAAGGAACUGAAUGUCCUCUCCAUGUUGUGCAUCCACCCACUGGAGAAGAGUUUGCCCUGGGUUGUGGAGUGUGCAGAAAUGCUCACACUUUUUAGAACACUCAGAUUCCUUUGUCUACAGAGAGAAAAGUUGCCUUCAUCCCCCAAGCGGAUGUGGUGAAGUUUAAACUCUGCUCAGGAUAAGGACGGGACCAUUUUUACAUCCAUGAAAAUGAACCAUUCACAGUGCAAGAAGGAUGCCAAAUACCAUGUACAUAAUUCUUGCUAUGGAAAGUUUCCCCAUUAUUUCAGUUUAUCUUCUUUUGAACCACGACAUCAAACUUGUGAGGUGUUUGCAUGUGGCCAUUAUCGUCAUUGGCCUGUGAAGCAUUGGACAUUUAUAGAUAAUUGAUAUCAAAGAAUUGCCAUGCCCAUGGACUAAGAAUGAUGCUGGCUUUCAAGCAAAAGAGAAAAAUUAUCAUUGUUUAUUGUAUACUGCCUUUUUGUAAUCCUGUACAAUUGCAUCACGGGUGGGGAUAAAAAGAGGAAUAUUCUGGUUUAUUUCCUAGACUGUUAUUUAAAAAAAAAAAUUGUGUUAGGACGGCAUAUAAAUGUAAUAAGUAUCACACUGUAUAUAAAGAUAUCAAUGUUUGUCCUGUAUAAGAAUUACUAAAUUACAAAUGCAGUUUCAUUUAAACUUCUAGGUUAAGUUUGAGCCUGAAAUUUUAAUGAAGUGCAAUACUGAGUGUGCCUCAUUAUCUUGCAGCUGUAAACAUAUUGGAAUGUACAUGUCAAUAAACCACUGUACAUUUUUAUACAGUGAUAAAGUCUAA